AUGAGGAUGCAAUCGGUUGGCCCAAUGAGGUUGUUAAACCAGAGGUGGUUCCAUUCGAUUCGCACACCUGAUAUAUCCCAAGUACCAGAUUUUUCACAUUAUUCACCUAUAAAGCCUGUCAAUGAAGAGUUAGCUCCAUUCGUUCAUGACAUUAUGCAAGCUUACCAGCCUAGAUCCAAACAUGUCAACCAGCAGCAUUACUAUCACAACCGUACUGUGUUGUUAGAUGACUAUCUGCAAAAGAGUCCCCAUCCUAUGUCUUUGAUGCAGUUGGCUCAAUACUAUGAUGAUUCAACUAAGCUUACAAAGUUGAAGAUAAUUAAUUCAGGAAGGUUCGUGAAAGAAGAAUUGUCAAUCAGAAUAGCACAUCAGAUUAACAAAUUACAGCAAUUGCCUUUCAGUGUGGUGAAUAACUUUCAUUUUGUUCAAGUAUAUGAAUCAUAUUACAACAUUUUUGAAAGGUUUAGGAAAUAUCCUAAGAUAGACACAAUUGAGGAUACAUACGAGUUUACAAAGUUUCUGUACUUGAUCUUACAGGACUUCAAUAGUUUGAACUUGCCUCAUAUGAUCAUGGGGGCACUAGAGUGCAUUGUACUUGACCUUUACCCUCAAGAUGAAAUGGAUGAAUUGUUAUCAGAACUACUAAGGGCACGUAUUUCAAGACGGUUGAUUGUAGAGGAACACAUUGGGAUCACAUCAAACUACUUUAGUGGGAAACAGGAGAAUACAUUAGUACUGGGAGACAUUUUCCAAAAAUGUGAAGCUAAAAAAUAUCUUUUAGCAGCAAGCAAGUUGUGUGAGAACUCGAUCAAGAGGAUGUUCGAUAAGAACAUGCAAAUGCCAGAGUUAGUGAUUGAAGGUGUUACUGACUUGAAAUUCUAUUUCCUCCCUGCACAUUUAAAGUACUUGUUAAGUGAGAUUUUGAGAAAUUCGUAUGAAGCCACGAUCAAAGAAUAUAUUCGUAAAGGUCUGCCCAAACCUGAUCCAAUAGUAGUUACGAUAAUCGAGAAUGAAGAUUCUUAUCUGUUCAGGAUUUCAGACAAAGGUGGGGGUCUGUCACAGAACGACCAGAACAUUUGGUCAUUUGGAAAGUCCAAAGAGCUGGCCUCAGAAUCACUGGAUAACUUCCAUAAGCUUCCAGGACUCCAGACAGUAUCAAUAUAUGACCAUAUAUACCACGAGAAUGAGACCAGUAGGUCUAGACGGUUAGUGAAAUCGUUGUACCAGAACACUGCGCUGGGUCAAAUGAGUCAAUCGAAUCUGACAAAGGGUAUCUUUAAGUUUGAAAAGCCAUUAGCAGGACUCCUGGAGAGACCAAUAAGGUACAAACUAGGUAUUGGGUUAGCUACAUGUAAAGUGUAUGCUGAUUAUUGGAAUGGUGACUUGACGUUACAUUCCAUUCCAAGUUAUGGUACGGACACAGUGUUACGUUUAGGAAAUUUAAUGAAGAACACGACAAAACUCCAAUUGGACAAGGUAUGA